AUGGACUGGAAGACGCUGCAGGCCCUCCUGAGCGGCGUGAACAAGUACUCCACGGCAUUUGGGCGCAUCUGGCUGUCGGUGGUGUUCGUCUUCCGCGUGCUGGUGUACGUCGUGGCCGCGGAGCGCGUGUGGGGGGACGAGCAGAAGGACUUCGACUGCAACACCAAGCAGCCCGGCUGCACCAACGUCUGCUACGACACCUUCUUCCCCAUUUCCAACAUCCGCCUCUGGGCCCUGCAGCUCAUCUUCGUCACGUGCCCCUCGCUGCUGGUCAUCCUGCACGUGGCCUACCGGGAGGAGCGCGAGCGCCGGCACCGCCAGAAGCACGGGGACCAGUGCGCCAAGCUGUACGCCAACGCGGGCAAGAAGCACGGCGGCCUGUGGUGGACCUACUUGUUCAGCCUCAUCUUCAAGCUCCUCAUCGAAUUCCUCUUCCUCUACGUGCUGCACACGCUCUGGCAUGGCUUUGGCAUGCCACGCCUGGUGCAGUGUGCCAACGUGGCGCCCUGCCCCAACGUCGUGGACUGCUACAUCGCGCGGCCCACCGAGAAGAAGGUCUUCACCUACUUCAUGGUGGGUGCCUCUGCCGUCUGCAUCGUGCUCACCAUCUGCGAGAUCUGCUACCUCAUCUUCCACAGGGUCCUGCGAGGCAUAGCCAGGAACAAGCCCCCGAAGGGCCACAGCCUCCCAUCCUCCACCAGCCGGGCCUCCACCUGCCGCUGCCACCACAAGCUGGUGGAGGCUGGGGAGCUGGGCUCCGACUCUGGCGACGACAAGAGACACGCGUCUGCACCCAGCAUGACCCCCAUCUGACCACAGGCUGGGGAGCGACACUGGAGCUGCCAGUGGGGACAGAUGGGCAGUACUGCACGGGGGGAGGGGUCCUACAGGUGCUGGGUGCCCCCACUUUGAAUUCGCUACUCUAUCCCGUUUCAUUUUUGGCAGAUUUUUUGAGCACUGGGCACUGUGCUGUCUACCCAAGUAUGAGUCACACCCCAGAACUAGCGCCAGCCCUUGGGGGAGACAGACGUCGAAACAAAUCAACGACUGAGUGCGAGGGGACCCCCAGGAGGCUCCCAGCAGAGCUUCCGCCUAACCCAGGAGGGAGUGAUCAGGAGAGACCUACCCUGAGUACAAAAUGUUUGAGAGAGGUGAGAAGGGCUUCCUAGAGGAGAAAGCAGCAGGUGUUUGCAGGUGAGAUGUUUGCCCUGGUUUGGACGCACUGGAUCAAAGGGAAUUUCAUUCCCUUGGGAGAAGCACCCAGGUUCUGGGCUGGAAAGGAAGUAGUCUCUAAGCAGUGGGAGGUCCAAAGGCCUGAGGGUGAGCUUGUGAAGGGGAGGAGGAGAUGGCUCUGUGAUGCCACCUGCUGCUCGAGAUACUCGGGUGUCCUCCUGGUCCCCACUGUCCUCAGGGGAAGCCCCCUUUCGCCCAGUUCUGCUCCUCCCAGGCUCAGACAGCUUUUCGGCCGUCUUCUUGCCACAAACGUGGUCAACCUAGUACCAGC